GAUGAGCAGCAUAUCAGCUGAGUUUUUUUUUUUUUAAUUCAUGUAUCUGGCCUGACUAUUAAUAGCCCACAGGUCCUGCCUCCUAACACUAAGACUGUGCCAUGAGCAUAGAGAUGGCUGAGAACAGAUGACUGUCAUGGAGGAGACCUUCUGACCUGAGCCCCACAGCACAUGCUGCAGGGUCCUGGGAAAGGGUGGACUCUGGCCCUGCAGACCGUCUUGACCAGCACUUCCCAGAGCCGACAAGCACUACAUGACUGUCUCAACCUUGAAAUACCAGCAACAGCUGUGGGGCAUGGAACACUUCUCCCAGAUGGCGGGAAGACGAGCUUGGUGGUCUGAGGACGCUGCACUUCGCCAGGAAGAAGAGGACAUGAGCAGGCCUUCUAAAACAAUGACAUUCAAGGAUGUGGCUGUGGACCUCACCCAGGAGGAAUGGCAGCAAAUGAAGCCUGCGCAGAGGGAUUUGUACCGAGAUGUGAUGCUGGAGACCUACAGCAACCUAGUAACUGUGGGUUGUCAAGUCACCAAACCAGAUGUGAUCGUCAAGUUGGAACAAGAAGAGGAGCCGUGGGUGCUGGAGGAAGAGAGGUUUUGGAGACGCUCUCCAGAAGCCAGAAGAGGAGAAAUGAAGAGUUUUGCCUCUAAGGACAUGGCCAAGGACCCGCGGUUUGAGGAUGUGGUCAUUUACUUCUCUCUGGAGGAGUGGGAGUGCUUGCACCAUUCCCACAGGAAUUUGUACCGUGCUGUGAUGCUGGAUACCUACAGCAGCCUGCUUUCACUGAGUCUUGCUGACACUAAGCCACGUGUGGUCUCCCUUUUAGAGCAGGGGAAAGAGCCCUGGAUGGUUAUGAGGAAUGAGACAAAAAUUUGGCAUCCUGAUUGGGAGUCUAGGACAGAAGCCAAGAACUUCCUUUCAAAGGACAGUUCCAAAAUUAAAAUGUUGCAACAAAAGAUGGCAAAAAACCAUACCUGCUCGAGCCUUGAGGACAGCAGGGCCGGAGGUAACAGAGAAGUCACGUGCGAGGUGGAGAGUCGACAUGUCCGUCAGGAGGGACACUUGAGUCAGGCUGCAGAAACCUCUGCUGGGAGGCCUGGUUCCGCCAAGCGCACAGCUCACAGGGAGGCUCACCCGGGAGGAAAACCCUGCAGGUGUGAGAAAUGCCACAAAACGUCCGUGUGCCAGCCGCCUCCCAGUGACCGUGAGCAGACUCACAGUAAGGCAAAGGCCAGUGCGCAUGCACAGCGUGGGAAGGUCCUUAACGGCACGCCAGACACGGCUGUGCGUCAGAGAGCUCAGGAAAGCAGAAAAGGCAGUGAGGGUCAGAACAGUGCCCUUGCGUGUGGUUCUGACCCCUGCAAACCUCAGAGCGCUCAGGGGAGUGAGAGGCCGCACAAGUGUAAGGAGUGUGGGAAGGCCUUCCACAUGCCCUCCCAGCUCAGUCACCACCAAAAGCUGCACCUGGGGGAGAAGCCCUACAAGUGUCAGGAGUGCGGGAAGGCCUUCCCAUCGAACGCCCAGCUCAGUCUUCACCAGAGAGUUCACACUGACGAGAAGUGCUUCGAGUGCAAGGAGUGCGGGAAGGCCUUCAUGCGCCCCUCCCACCUGCUCCGCCACCAGCGCAUCCACACCGGGGAGAAGCCUCACAAGUGUAAGGAGUGUGGCAAGGCCUUCCGCUACGACACACAGCUCAGCCUUCACCUGCUCACUCACGCCGGGGCCAGGCGCUUUGAGUGUCAGGACUGUGACAAGGUGUACAGCUGUGCCUCCCAGCUCACUCUGCAUCAGAUGACACACACUGGGGAGAAGCCCCACAAGUGUAAGGAGUGUGGCAAGGGCUUCAUCUCUGACUCACACCUCCUUCGCCAUCAGAGUGUUCACACUGGUGAGAAGCCCUAUAAGUGUAAGGAGUGUGGCAAAGGCUUCCGUCGUGGGUCAGAACUUGCCCGGCAUCAGAGGGCCCAUUCAGGUGAUAAACCCUACAAGUGUAAGGAGUGCGGAAAGUCCUUCACUUGCACCACAGAGCUCCUUAGACAUCAGAAAGUUCACACUGGAGACAGACCCCACAAAUGUAAGGAGUGUGGGAAGGCCUUCAUUCGAAGAUCAGAGCUGACCCAUCAUGAGAGAAGUCACAGUGGCGAGAAGCCCUAUGAGUGUAAGGAGUGUGGGAAGACCUUCGGCCGCGGCUCCGAGCUCAGCCGACACCUGAAAAUCCACACCGGGGAGAAGCCCUAUAAGUGUCAGCAAUGUGGGAAGGCCUUUAUUCGCGGCUCUCACCUUACCCAGCAUCAGAGGAUUCACACCGGACAGAGGAGUGAAUGAGUUGCCAUCAGGAAAUCCAUCCAGUUUAAAAACCCUGUGGUGGCUGACAACUGUGGAAGACCAAGUUACAGGGUUUCUCAUCAGUGCUAGAAUUUCAAAGACCAAUUAGGGCCUGAAGUGAUUGGACACUUGCCAACAGAAAGAAACCAUAUUAACUACAGAAAUCAGAAUUUACCAUAGGCUUUAGUAGACGAACAACUGGAAAGUUCCAUGGGUGUAAAGGAGGGAGGAGGAGUGCCUCUCAGUGGCCAGAGCCAAACAGGCCUCAGGGCAUUCCUAGCUGGAUAAGCCGAGCAGGGCAGUGAGCAUCUCAGAGAUUAGCGGUACCCGGGCCAGCCGUCCGAGGAGAGAACUCAAUCAUUACACAGCGUGACUCUCUAUCAUGCCUCAGGCCACACUUGUGCUAAAAUGCAGCCCACUCGUCUCUCAUCCCACACGACGCUCAUGGAACGCUCACUACUUUAUAAAGUUAUUUGAAAUGCGGAGUGUGGAAAGGACCCGGCCAUGCGGACUUUUUACAUGUCCUCACGAGCCGGGCAGAUUAUUUACUGACUGUGUAACUUCUCCAAGGUAGCAGUGUUAGCCCCAUGUUUCAGGCAUGCUGUUACACGCCUGUAAUAAUGCAGCGGGCAUGCUGCAUGCUAUUACACGCCUUUAAUAUAAGCGCCUGGAAGCCAAAGGUAGGAAGAUCACAAGUUGAGGCUAGCCUGGAGACUCUUAAGUAAAACAACAAACAAGCAAAAAAUUACGCCAAAGAUAGCUGCUUUCUUUAUUAUUUUCAUAACUGUGAACUUAAGACUGUUACAAGAAGAAAGCCUUACAUGUCCAGUCACUGGAGGACAUCUUGCCUCAUCUCUUUGACUGUUAGAGAAUUCUUAUGAAGAAAGACUUAGAGCUUUUGUUCAUACCCUUCUGCUGCUAAGAGGCCUCAUAAUUGGAAUGUGGUGAGGUCAGUAUGAGGAGGGGCUGGGAUUUGGAUAAUUUACUAAAGCCUCCCUGAGCGAGGUGUGGUGCUACAGACAUCCUGUAAUCCCAGCACGUGGGAGGUAGGAACAAGACAGGCAUUCAAGUCCAUCUGGUCUACCUAGUGAGUUGGGGGGUAGCCUGGACAAUGUGUUGCAGUCUCAGAACUUUCAUAAAGAAAAGCCAUGCCGUGAUCUGUACACUAGAGAACUGGAAAAUAGUAAAGCUUUAACCAAGAUCCAAGCCUCCAUAGGAAAUGUUAAAGUGCCUAUAUAAAUACGUUCAUAUCUAAAGGUCCAUUAGGAAUAAAUUACACUAUAUGUUGAAUCUGGUACACUGUGGCUGAAACUAUACUCUGAGGAAAAUGAACUUCCUUUCGUAUGUGUAAAAAAUGGGGACUGGAAGGUCUAGGAUUCUGUAUUUAUUAUACCUGUCACAGUACCUAGUCCUGGUGAUUCCCAGUAAGUAUUCUAAGUAACAGAAGAGCAAAUAACUACUCAACUCCAGCAGACAAAGAAAGUAACAAAAUUAAACCUUGCAAAAGUAAACCUUGGAAUAGAUCACACACGCACGCAUGCAUGCACACACGCACACACACACAAUGUUGUACAGGAGAUGAAGUUCUUAGGAAGUAAGGCAAGCUUAAAUGAGCAGAGAGCAUAAGUCCUACCCGUCAGCAGAUGUUAGCCACUCUCCUGCAGUGUCACCACAGUGUGACAGGUUCGUGUGGCUGUGGCCUUGGUGUCACAUGUGACUGACUGGGCAGGAGACCACCAUGGGCUUAGUAACAAGAUCCAGGGACAUGGUCUUCCCAGCUGCAGGGAGUACAUCUGUGCCAUCAGGCGGUGCUGGCUCUCUGAGGCUGAGACUGCUGUAGAACAGCAUCGUCAUUGACACUGUGGUGUCAUGGAACCAUGAACUCUCCUUUUCCUGGACCUACAGAAUAAGAAAUCCAGACACCGAAAAUUACUACUCAGCUCUUUACAGUCUAUAUAACGCUUGGAAAGUUAGCUUUUAAAAAUAUUUUUACACCAAUAUAUUCAGUUUCAGUAACGUGGGAUGUUUAUAUUCAGCCAUUUAUGGUAUAUCUGACAUAAGAAGCAUUAUUUUCCAAAGUAUUUUCUUAGCCAUAUUAUUGAAAUAUAUAUUCAACUUCAAUUUUGUAAGAUGUAGUAUAUUUACUUAGAGCAUUUGAUAGUGUGUUUUUAUAUCCUGCUUUAUAUAGUAUAUUUAAAUGCUGGAAAAAUAUUGUUUUCCUGAAUGAAGUUAGAGCUGAGGGGAAGCUGCUUCCGGAGCUACACUCCCCCUCUAACAGCGAGCGAGUCACCUGACAGCUGACACCUUCUACCUCUUGGGGACAUGAGGCACUCACUGCUGGGAAGGCAGCACACACUCACCAAGGUGGAAAAGGCAGCAGCAUCGAAAAUCCAGUCGGCUAUUUACCAAUCCACUGUCCUUAGAGGGUUCUGUGAUUGUAGCAGCGUGCAGUGUCUGGCAGCCCAGGAGUGAGCAGCGUGGUGCUUUGUGCAAAGGACUUAUGUUGAAGUGCCAGUGAGUGAGUGAGUCCGGGCUAUACAGUCACUUGAGACUAGCAGAGCCUGCUGGGAAGUAAGUCCCCGUCCUUGUCCUUCCCCCUGGUCUGUAGGCGUCCAUGUUGAGAGCAGUCUGCUAUCUCGAGCUCAUCUGCCUACCCUGCAGAGCGUCACGUCAUGUGCUAGGGAAAGCUGAAAUUACUAGGCAGGCGCCUGCAGAACAGUUAUGACGGAGUGCAGGCAGCAUGUGGGCAUGGGCGCACACGUGUGCAGGCCAGCGGCCGAGCUAAGGGGUCCUUCCUCAGGAGCCAUCUACUCUGGUUUUCUGAUGCAGGGUCUCACGAGGAGCUGGGACUUACCCGUUAGGCUCAGCCGACUGGCCAGUGAAACCCAGGAUGUACUCAGCUCUGUUUUCCUCGCAUUGGAAUUGAACACAGGUGCGCACGUCACCUGGCUUUUUCAUGAGGGUUUUGGGGAGAUUUGGGGGUCAGGUCCUCACGCUUGCCCGGCAAGCGCUUUACUGACUGAGCCCACACCCCAGCCGGUCAAAUACUUUUUGAAAGGGAGAAAUGAUAACUGAGUUUUAAUCUGCACUGGUAUAUUAACUUUAAAACCUAUCUAUCUAAAAAUAUUAACUAUUCUUCUAAGAGGAGAACUUGCACAUUUUAUAGGAAUUAAAUAAAUUAAUAAAAGUUUUUUAAAGGGUGCUUUUAGUACAGAUUUUAGAGUUGGAAGGAUGCUUUUUAAUUUUCUGCUCCUGUAUACAUAUUUUUUUAGACUUGAAUGUCCUACCCCAAGUGUAUGCAUCAUGAUGCACCUGAAACCAAACAUAUUCUACAGUGAUUUAUUUAGAAAAUGACACAUGUACACUGUUUCUUAAGUGCCAACAGUGGAUGCUGCACUGCCAUCUCUCUGGUUGAGAUCCACACGCAAGCUUAAGAUUUGUCUUGGUCACAGGUUCUGGGUGGGGAAGAAUGGGUUGAGUGGGAUUGUGCACACACAGGGAUGCAGCAGGCUCCUUUCCUCAUACGGUGAUGUCCUGAGGAGGGCGUUCUAGUCACUACUCACAGCUCGGCUAUCUCCCAUAACACAGACAAGCCAUGUGCUGCAGCCUGUUCUUUCCUAGCAAGUGUUACCUUCACCGUAGGCAAUGUGAGUUCAGGACACAAGCAUUACCUCAUGUUGCUGCCUCCGUUUCUAUAGAGCAGCUAAAUUCCUGCCUUAGCAUAGUAGACUUCAAAUGUACUUGGUGCCUUAUUGUUUCCGCGUGGAGCUCACCGUCAUAUCCACUGGAACCAGUGUGUUUCUCAACUGUGUUAACCAGGACUGAAAACGUGCCUUCCAUUUGCACUUCCUUGACUGCUAGGGAGGUGGGGCUUCUCCCUGGCCUGUGGGUCAUUAGAGCUUUGUUUCUGUGAAUUGCACAUUGCUAUGGGUCUCACUUUGUAACACACCUAGAAGAUCAUAGUACACUUGGGCAAUUUGUUGUCUUAGUCUAGUAUAUGUCAUUUGCCCGUUUCUGUCAAAAUAGUUAGCACAUGUUUUAUGAAGGGCCAGACAGUGAGUAUUUCAGGUUGGGGACUGCUUCUGUGCAGCCUUUGCCACAGAGAAGUGCAUCCUGUAUAGUCAGCAGUCCUCAGCCACUUCUACCACGUCCCCAGUGGACAGUUGUCACUUUAAAGAUGACUGCUGCUUAUGUCUACUGGGCAGAGGCCAGAGAUCCUUCUCUGUGUCCUGGGGUGCACAGCACAGCCCCCAAAACAAAUUAUGUCACACUCUAAAAUGUCAGUGUGUUUCUGGCCAGAACAGAACUGGCUACCACUGUGUAUUAAUAAACCAUUCACAGGAACAACCAGCUCUGGCCACAGUGAGCCGUAGGUGUGCCUUCCCACCCGGUUUUAAGCAGUGUUUAUCUGUAGUACUCGUUUUGUUUCUGAAAUCUUUUACCUCAAGUAGUUUUCCCUAUUUUUAUGGCUUUAAUCUUCUUGACUAAAAAUGCAGAGAAUUGAUUGCCUGUGUGUAAUUGCAGCCUAAUAUUUCUGAAGCACGGGUUGUAUUUGCUUGGUUUGGGUUGAGAUUUUAUAAAAUAAAAUAAAUCACUUCAGAAAA